UCUCUCAUCCCUCUCCCCUCCUCCUCCUCCUCCUCUUCUUCUCCUUCCCCAUCGGCUCCUUCUUUGUAUGCUGUUUUGCUUCUGAGAUCGUCGUCGGUGGGCCACCGGUCGUGGAGACGCGAUGGGGCGAGGGAGGGUGCAGCUGAAGCGGAUCGAGAACAAGAUCAACCGGCAGGUGACCUUCUCGAAGCGCCGAUCGGGGCUGCUCAAGAAGGCCCACGAGAUCUCCGUCCUCUGCGACGCCGAGGUUGCCCUCAUCGUCUUCUCCACCAAGGGCAAGCUCUAUGAGUACUCCACCGACUCCAGCAUGGAAAAGAUUCUUGAACGUUACGAGUAUUACUCCUACGCAGAAAAGGCUCUUAUGUCAUCCGAUCAAGAUUAUCAGGGCAACUGGUGUCAAGAAUAUGGAAAACUUAAGGCUAAGGUUGAAGCUUUAAGUAAAAGUCAAAGGCAUCUAAUGGGAGAACAACUUGAGGCCUUGAAUCUUAAAGAACUCCAACAACUGGAGCAUCAGCUUGAAAUUUCUCUGAAGCAUAUUAGGUCAAGAAAGAACCAAGUCAUGUUUGACUCCAUUGCUGAGCUUCAAAAAAAGGAAAAGGCUCUGCAGGCGGCAAACAAGACUUUGGAGCAGGAGCUCAUGGAGAAGCAGAAGAUCAAGGCUAUUACCCAACAAGCACACUGGGAACAAGCCCAGACAAGCUCCUCAUCACCACCCCCCUUGAUAGCGGAACCCCAACCUACUCUCAACAUCGGGUGUUACCAAGGGAUGGCCCUCGCCGUCAGGGAGGAAGCUUCACGGCUUCCGGUACGGAUCAGUAAUAGCUUGUUGCCGCCGUGGAUGCUCCGCCACUUGAACGGCUAGUGGUAGCAUCUUUUCUUCCUCCCAUCGACACCCUGGAAAUAGUGCUAAUAUAUGAUGAUGCGAGACUACCAUGUUCCAGCUGAUGUCUCCAGGUAUGUCUUGGUUUGCUUUUGUUUGGGUUCCGUCUCUGUAUUUCCAAUAAGUAAUUGGGACCUUAAGAACCUACAUUAUGCUUGAUCCUAAUAUGGAUGAAUCUUAUACCACCUCUGCUGCC